UUUAUGGCCAAACACGGAUUUCGGAAAAAAGUGAAAAAUUUCCGAAAAAAGUUGAAACAAUUCUUAUGUCCAAAUGGGCUCUUAAUAUAUGUUGCUGAAAGUUUAAAUGAGAAACAUUUUACUUUGUUAAGCCAGUGAACUUGUGAUCGCUGCAGAAUUUUGAUAUUUUACCACUAUUCUCUUGUAUUCUAGCGAAAGGCAAACAUUUCUUGUUUCUGCUUUGCAAAGUGAUGAACUAGUGGGCUUGUAUUUCAUGUUCAUGCAUUUUCAUUAAAUGUUUUAGGCUUUUAGCGUGUAAUUAUUCCCUUCAUAUUUUUGUUGGUAAUUAUAGUGUGUGUUUCAGUAAUAGAUUGAAAUUCAAAUUUUGUCUUUUAGCUUUAUGAGUUCAGUUUUUUCACGUUCUCAAUGGUUUUUGUUGGUUAUUAAUGUCAAAAUUACUAUAGAAUUAAUCAAAAUCACUAUGUGGGGAAUGCAAAGAAGUCCGAACGGUUGCUUCUUUACUACUUGUAGCUUUAAGCUGAGAUGAGCCUGAGUGGAAUGACCUUUAAUGCAAAUGAUAAGUUCAUUAGAUGUGAUUUAGCUCCUUCCUCCUCCUUCCUCUUGAUGAACCCUCUCCCCUCUCGAUUCCUUUCUUCUGCUCUUGCUUCUCUCACGCUUUUCUGGUCGGAUUCCGGCAAGUCUUCAUUCUCCGUCUCUCUUUUCUUCUUUUUUUUUUUUCUCUUUUCUCUCUUCUGCGGGCGUGGGUUAAGCAGCAUUCCGACAGUCUCUCCGGUGUGUACUAUCGGUGGUUUUUAUUGGCACCGGCAGGCCCAAUCCAGCGGGCUUUAUUGGUAUCGGCAACCCUCCCACAGGCCUUCACCUCUAUUCGGCAGCUUAUUGGCAUCCUCGGCGUUAAUCCAGGAUGGUUCCUCCGUUCCUGUAGUGUUGCUCUUGGACCAAGCAGCAAUGGUGACUCUAUCAUUGCACACCCAACUGAAAUUGAGAUAGUUCUACCUAAGAAGUCAGAUAAAAUCAAGAUCAUGGGUGGCAACAACGUGGUUCCACCGGUAAACUUUAUUGGUGUUGACAGCACGGACAGUAUUGUCAAGGUUGAUGAUACCCUUGAUGUUAAAAUAUUAGAUAUGGUAAUUUUGGCAAAGUUAGUGUAUGCAUAGUUUCAAUCAAUUCUAGUUAGGGAGCUGUUUGUUGUCAAUAGUAGUUUGCAUUGUAUUAUAUUUCAUGUUAUGUUAUUCAUGAAUUCCAGGCUCUAUUUUUGUGUAAUCUUUCAUUCAGAUUUA